AUGCCUUUCCAUUUGCUAUGCGGUACGCCUGGGUUGAAACGAGCAUCUCAAGUACAGGAGAGCAUCAUCGAGCUAGCCACUCGAUUCAUCAGAACAUCCUUUCUCUGCAACGGGCGUUUCUUUGUUCCCCUUUGUCCAAGAAAAUAUCCACUUCAACAAGCAACAACAAUGGUCCCAUCAUCGGUGUGCCAAGAUGAGGUUCUUGAAACAUCAGCAGGUCAGCGCAAACUCAGCAGAAUACGAAUUCUUACCCCAGCUGAAAUGGCGACUCUCGGCUUCUACGCUCUCGUGAUGUUCCUUGGUCUGGGGGGCGCUGUAUUUUUCGCUGCGAGACAAAUCCAGGGCUACCGCCAUGGUUUCCUGCCGUACUACUUGGAUAUGCUUUUCGUGGUUUCCGCAUGUUCUUUGGUUUGUCACGUAUUCCUUGUUAAGCGGCGUCUCGACUACGACCUCUCAACCGUUCAACUCGCCGGCGUAAUUCCCUCUCCAAUGCACGAAUCCAGGAGUCUCGCAGGUUGUUUUUCUGCGUGUUUGAAUCGUUGUUCCCGGUUCUUUCACGCGUACACGGUCUUCCUGGCAUCCCUUUUCGUGGUCGCGGUGGUCCUGUUUGACCUCGCAACUGGCUACACAGUUUCUCAUUUCAGGCCCGCCCACCUUGCAAGGACGAUCUCGCUGGCGGCAUUUCAGUGCGUACUCGUUGGGCUGGCGUUCGCGUGGUUUCUGGUAGCCCUGUCUCUUUCCUCUAGCAAUAAGGAUGUGUCCUUCUCCCGCGGCUGCACAGGCAGAACACAAUCCAUUCACGACCGCAUCCAGUUGAGCGAAUCGCCCGCUGGUGAAGUUAUCGGUUCGCAGAAAGCUGUCCUCAACGAGAUUGCGGUAGAGAUGCUCGGGCGGGAAGACACCUCAUUCGGAGGGGCAAUGAAAAUAGGAUCUGUCGGCCAGUGGGGAACUGGCAGCGCAGCCAGCGAAGUCUCGACCACCUGUCCGUUUGCUCCAGGACGGGGAGGUUCUCCUCAGUGGGAAGAUUCAGCCGAUCCUUCCGAUGACAAUGAAGCGGGGUCCACUAGUGUGCAACCUUGUGUGAUUGGCGUUCCUUCUUUUGCUGUCGUACGCGCUACCCCCUCCUUGGCGCCCAGGAAUGAACAGUGAGUGCCCCAAAACCCUGGUGUUUCAUGUUGCGAUCGCAUCCU